AUGAGUUCAACUAAUUACAGGCGAUUAUCAGCGGCAACUGUUGAGCGUUUGACGGAACAUGAAUAUCUGAAUUGCGUUUCCACUUCAGUUCAUGAGGAAAUCGCUGCUACGUUGGAAUUGGUCAUCAAGCGCUUGUCGUCUAUGUUUGAUUGGAGUUCCACCGAUAUUGUUUCUCCCUCAUUCGCACCACAGUUGUUCCUUGCUCUAUGUGAAAUGUGUGGCCGAUUGAUCAGACUACUCACACCAGAUCAAAUUAGAGCUGCCUUGUCCAACGAUAGUGUUCCCGAGGAUGGGUUCCUGGUUCGAUGGCUUCGUCGUUUAAGUGCAACAGAAAUACAAAAACAUAUGCCCGAGGCACUUUUCGGUUUGCUAGUGCACGGACUGGCCCUAAUGAUCGGUGUAUCCCAAUGCUCAAAUACUCCGGUUGAAUCUGCUGAGGAGCAAGUGUAUUCUGAUCACACAGUUUCUUCCGAUAAAAGUGAAAGGUUAGUGUAA